UAAGCGCCGAGAUCCCAGAGCUGAGCACCAGACUCUUCGUAAGCCAGCGAAGGUGCCCAGACCGACGUACUUCUUGUAACUCCCCAACAACAACCACACAUCACCAUGUGCGACGAUGAAGUAGCUGCCCUCGUAGUGGACAAUGGCUCCGGCAUGUGCAAAGCCGGGUUCGCCGGAGACGAUGCCCCCAGGGCCGUCUUCCCAUCCAUUGUCGGCAGACCCCGUCAUCAGGGUGUCAUGGUUGGUAUGGGACAGAAAGACAGCUACGUAGGAGACGAGGCCCAAUCCAAGAGAGGUAUCCUGACCCUCAAGUACCCCAUCGAACACGGUAUCGUCACAAACUGGGACGACAUGGAGAAAAUCUGGCACCACACCUUCUACAAUGAGUUGAGAGUCGCCCCCGAGGAGCACCCCGUCCUCCUCACUGAGGCCCCCCUCAACCCCAAAGCCAACAGAGAAAAGAUGACCCAGAUCAUGUUCGAGACCUUCAACGCCCCCGCCAUGUACGUCGCCAUCCAGGCCGUACUCUCCCUGUACGCCUCUGGCCGUACCACCGGUAUCGUGCUCGACUCUGGUGAUGGUGUCACCCACACCGUCCCCAUCUACGAAGGUUACGCCCUCCCCCACGCCAUCCUCCGUCUGGACUUGGCCGGCCGUGAUCUCACCGACUACCUGAUGAAGAUCCUCACCGAGAGAGGCUACUCCUUCACCACCACCGCUGAGCGUGAGAUUGUCCGCGACAUCAAGGAGAAACUCUGCUACGUCGCCCUGGACUUCGAGCAGGAAAUGGCCACCGCUGCCUCCUCCUCCUCCCUCGAGAAGAGCUACGAGCUUCCCGACGGUCAGGUCAUCACCAUUGGCAACGAGCGCUUCAGGUGCCCAGAGUCCCUCUUCCAACCAUCCUUCUUGGGUAUGGAGUCUGCCGGUAUCCAUGAAACCACCUACAACUCCAUCAUGAAGUGCGACGUCGACAUCCGUAAGGAUCUGUACGCCAACACCGUCUUGUCUGGAGGCACCACCAUGUUCCCAGGUAUUGCUGACCGUAUGCAGAAGGAAAUCACCUCCCUGGCUCCCAGCACCAUGAAGAUCAAGAUCAUUGCCCCACCAGAGCGUAAAUAUUCCGUAUGGAUCGGUGGCUCCAUCUUGGCCUCCCUCUCCACCUUCCAACAGAUGUGGAUCUCCAAACAGGAAUACGAUGAGUCUGGCCCCUCCAUCGUCCACCGCAAGUGCUUCUAAACGCACUCGCUUUCAAAAAACGCAACACCACCAUCGAAACCAUCAAAAAACUUCUUUUAUUUUCUACCUAUAUCAGAACAGUUUCACGAUCUCUCGGUGGCUUUUAGGACUUUGAUGCCACUGGGAGUCCACUAAAACACGUCGACAUCUAACACCAGGGUCGUGGACUGAGAAAGAAGUUUAAGCUAUCAUUAAAAACUUGUAAACAUAUUGGUGUGUAUCUUAGAACUAAUUGCGUCACACUUUGUAAACAAAAUUUGUAAGAAUGUUUGUGUAGAACUUAAAUUGAGUCCAAAUUGUACUUUCUAAGUACCGAACUCAAGCAUUUCUUUCCAAUUUUUCCCCCAAAAACUCAUGCCUUCUUUAAUUUUAAAAUCUUUUCGUUUAGAAAUUUCGAGAUUUAAUGUCGACAUUUUAAAAAGUUUCUGAACGAGAGCACCAACAGGCAUUUCAAUUUUUGAACAAACCGAAGGCUACAGAAAUUAAACCUCAGGAAGUUGUCUGAAAAUCUUUAGUCAUCCAAAUCUUUAGGCUUGCCCACGAAGGGCGAGUAAUUCAAUCAACUCAAAUAUUUCAGAUUUUUUUUCACGAUUUCCUUUUGUAAUUUUGUUUCAAACGUAACGAAUUCUUAUGAUCUAUGCGCGUACGAUUGCGGUCAAGUAUGUCAUUUUGUGUAUGGUGAACGGUCAGCGUUAGUAUGUUGCCAGUCGAAGUGUCUCAAAGUUACUCGUAACAUCGUAUCGCGUCAACAAAAGUCGAAUAGAAAGUCUGGUCCCGCAGUAACAUCAUUCAUAACUCGUUUACAAACUCUCCACCCGUAAACACAAUUGGUCCCUUCGCUUUGAUACACUCGCUGGAAUCAGACACGAUGACGUCUUGCUUAUGCAAAUGACGAUGACGCGCGCCAUUACUAAUGGAACCCUCCCGCCAGGGCAUCGCCAUGGCAACGCCUCGCGUUUCCAUAGCGACAGCCAAUCUGAAACUCUAGAUGACUGAUUGGUUACUGUCCCCAGCAAGCUACUGUAGACCUUCGUAAAGGCAGAAUAAAUCGUGUUGAACAGAA